CAACGCAUCCGAUAUGCAACGGAACGCAUUUUCGGACGCGGCCCGAGUCGUUCCGAGGUGUAGCGUCCGAUUCCGAUUCAGAAUCAGAUUCCGAUUCCGAUUCCGCCGAUCGCGUAUAUCAAUCAUAUUAAACAAAAUCAUCAACUACAACAACAACAGCGGCAACACUUUUGUUAGUAAAUUUCUGUUGAAUUAAAAUACGAAACGAAACACAUAAAAAAGUGCAAUCCAAAAACAAAUAUUAACGUUAAACGAACUAGAAAAAAAAAGAAAAAGAAUAAUUAAAAAAGUAGCCAUUACUUUUGAAUUGUUUUUUUAAAUGCAAAAGGAAAAAGGUUCGUAAACAAAAAAUUAAAUGCAAAGCCUUUUUGAUAAUACAACAUAUCAAAGAGCCAGAAAUAAAAUACAGCAAAAAUAAUUACAAAUAAUUAAUACACAAACACGCGGGGCAACUGUCAAAAAAUCUACAACAACACAAAGUGCAACAACAACAAAUCAAGUGCAAAACUACAACAGCAACAACAAAAGAAUCACACAAUUGAACAUUUAACAUAAAAAAAAAGAAGAAAAAAUUCCACCAAAUAUAAAAAGCCCGAAAGGAAAAAUUCGCGUUUCAUUUUCACGCGCUGCAUAUUAUUUACUCUGUGCUCCACAUAUAUAUAUACCUAUAAUAAAUAAAAACCAACCAAUAGCCCAAAAAAAAAAGGAAAUGAAAAAUCCGCAUCAACAAUAAAAAUCUGCCUGCAUUUUGCCUUUUGUGUGAGCUGCCCACCAAAACGAGAGAAGCACUUUUAUUGUAUAUACAAAUUAUAUACAUCGCCGGGAGGAGCUGCAGCAACCCACUCCGCGCCAGGGUUGCCACCUCCUGAGCCGCUGUAAGCCCUGCUCCGCAUCAGCAGCCGCAACAGCGCCGCAGCAGCAGCAGCAGCAGCAGCAAUUCGGCUUUUGGGCAGAGAUUAUUUAAGACAAAUAUAUGUGAUGCUAUGCACAUCAGCAGCUAUGAAAUAUGCCUAGAACGCGUUGCUGAAGAAUUUAUGGGUCGCAGGCAAUGGAAACAUUAUCAAGAGCAACUGACUCGCAGCCACUUGAAUAUCGAGGAGCAACAGCCCAUAGCAAUAGCCGGUUCCGAGGACGAGCCACCGCAAUACAAGCCCAGCAGCAAGGAGCCCAACCACUGUGAAACAGAGAACCACCGUCUAGAGCAGCACCACAACGGCAGCCAGCUGCUGGAAGAAGAUUUUGAGAACAACCAAACAUCACACGAUUCAUCACGUACACCAACACCGGGAGCCACCAGUACACCAUCACCACCGCCAGAACCCAUCGAUUGGAGACCGUCGGCCAAGUGCAAUUUCUGUGUUAACGGUCGCCUGCUUACGGUUAACGCCCAGGGCGAUUUGGUGGCCGAAACAGCAGCAACAGCCACUAGUAGCAGCACUAGUAAUAGCCACAUUCAUCAGCACGACAGUGACAGCGACUCGAGCACUUCACUGCCCCACCAGAGCAGCAGCUACAUCAACAACAGCAGUGGCAACAGAGCUCGCCACAUUGCUGCUGCAACUGCAACACCAGCAGCAACAUCGUUAGCAACAGCAGCUACAGCCGCAACAUCCGCGAAUUCCCUCGAACUGUACAAGCUGCUGACCCAGCGGGCAGCCAAAAUGACAUCGAUGGACUCGAUGGCCGCCCAGCUGGCGCAAUUCUCACUGCUGGCCGACUUCAAUCUGAUCAACUCGCUGGCCAGCCAACAGCAGCAGCAGCAGCAGCAACAGAUCGCUAGUGCGGUAACGCCAACUACCUCAGAAGUAUCUGCAGCCGCAAUCAGUCCCGCACUCAAAGAUACGCCCAGUCCCAGUGCGGAUGCACCGCUCGAUCUUAGCAGCAAGCCAUCGCCGAACUCAUCGAUUAGCGGCGAUGUGAAGUCCGUCAGAGCCUGUGCCACGCCCACGCCUUCGGGAAGGAGGGCGUACAGCGAGGAGGAUCUGAACCGGGCGCUCCAGGACGUGGUGGCCAACAAGCUGGGACCCCGGAAGGCGGCCAGCCAGCACCAUGUGCCGCGCUCCAUUCUGGUCAACCGGCUAUACAAGAUGCAGCACGACCUGGACCAGGAUGCGGAUGGGGACGAGCCGGAGGACUCUAACGACGAUGGCGAGGCGGAGGUGGACAGCAAUGCCUCCACUCCGGCGCCCUCAUAUCCGGAUUUUGCCAGGUCGCAGCUGCGCAAGCUGAGCCACCUGUCCGAGCACAAUGGCAGCGAUCUGGGCGAGGAUCUGGACCGGGGAUCGCCGAAGAUGGGACGACAUGCGAGUGGCAGCAGUGCCAGUGCUACACCCGGGGCACUGCCCUCCAUCCCACUGGAUGCCAAUGUCCUGCUGCACACCCUCAUGCUCGCGGCUGGCAUAGGAGCCAUGCCCAAGUUGGAUGAAACGCAGACGGUGGGCGAUCUGAUCAAGGGUCUGCUGGUGGCCAAUAGCGGGGGCAUGAUGAACGAGGGACUGCUCAAUCUGCUGUCCACCAGUCAGGAGAACAGCAAUGGCAAUGCCUCGUUGCUGCUGCAACAGCAACAUCAGCAGCAGCAACAGCAACAGCACCAGCACCAGCAGCAGCAACAUGUCGCCGCCUAUCGACAUCGCCUGCCCAAAUCGGAGACUCCGGAGACGAACUCCUCGCUGGAUGCCAACGAUGCCAGCGAGGAUCCCAUACUGAAGAUUCCGUCCUUCAAGGUCAGCGGUCCGACCAGCAGCAGCAGCCUGUCGCCGGGUCACCACCCACACCCGCACCAUCCGCUGAACAACAACAACAGCCUCGGCGUCAGCAACAACAGCAACCACAGCAGCAGCAACAGCCACCGGAACGGCAGCAAUCGCAGUCCCCACUCCGCAUCGCCCAUGCUGGCCGCCGCCGUGGCCCAAGGUGGUGGCUACUCCGGCGCGAAUAGCUUGCUGGCCUCCUCCUCGUCCAGCAUCCAGAAGAUGAUGGCCAGCAAUAUCCAGCGGCAGAUCAACGAGCAGAGUGGCCAGGAUGGCCUGCGGAACGGCAAUGUCAGCGAUUGCAGCAGCAACAAUGGUGGCGGUGGCUCCUCCUCCUCGCUGGGCUACAAGAAGCCGAGCAUUUCGGUGGCCAAGAUCAUUGGCGGCACGGACACCUCGCGCUUUGGGGCCUCGCCCAAUCUCCUGUCCCAGGGUCACCAUCAGGGUCACCACCUGAGCCACCACCAGCAGCAGCAACAGCAACAACAGCUGAGCGCCCAGGAGGCAGCUGCUCUGGCGGCGGGCAAGGGAACGCGGCCCAAGAGGGGCAAGUACCGAAACUACGAUCGCGAUAGCCUGGUGGAGGCGGUCAAGGCGGUACAAAGGGGUGAGAUGUCGGUCCAUCGGGCGGGCAGUUACUAUGGAGUGCCGCACUCCACGCUGGAGUACAAGGUGAAGGAGCGUCACCUGAUGCGACCCCGCAAGCGAGAGCCCAAGCCCCAGCCGGAUUUGGUGGGCCUGACAGGACCUGCCAACAAGUUGCAGCUGGACAAGCUCAAGGCUGGACCCCAUGGGGGCUCCAAGCUGAGCAACGCCCUCAAGAACCAAAACAACCAGGCGGCAGCAGCGGCAGCGGCGGCAGCAGCAGCAGCGGCCGCUGCCACGCCCAACGGCCUCAAGUUGCCCCUUUUCGAGGCCGGUCCCCAGCAGCUGUCCUUCCAGCCCAAUAUGUUCUGGCCCCAGCCGAAUACGCCGAAUGCCUACCGCCUGGACUUCAAUCGCAUCACGGAGGCGAUGCGAAAUCCCCAGGGCUCCAGUCAGCAUGGCCUGAUGAACAGUGCCCAGGAGAUGGAGAACAUGUACGACGGUAUCAUCCGGAAGACCCUGCAGUCCAGCGAGGGCAAUGGCAGUGCGGCGGGCAAUGGCAGCAGCAAUGGCAAUGGCCAUGGACAUGGUCAUGGCCAUGGACAUGCCCUGCUCGAUCAGUUGCUGGUGAAGAAGACACCGCUGCCGUUCACCAAUCAUCGGAACAAUGACUAUGCCGCCACCUGCUCGAGUGCCAGCGGUGAGAGUGUGAAGCGGUCGGGCAGUCCCAUGGGCAACUAUGCGGAUAUCAAGCGGGAACGGCUGAGCGCCGAUAGCGGUGGGAGCAGCGAUGAGGAGCACUCCCCCAGCCACAUCCUCCACAGCAGCAGCAACAACAAUAACAACAGCGAUCUGGCGCACAACAAGAACAAGAGUGGCAUUGGUGGUGGUGGUCAGGCCAAUGGGAAUGGGCGGAGCAGCCGGAUGACGUCGCGGGAUGACUCGGAAACGGAUGCCAGCAGCCUGAAGAGCGGCGAAAGUGGCGGCGGCCAUCAAAACCACAAAAUCAUGGAUCUCAAUGGGAGCAGGAGCAGCAGCAGUCACAUCAAGUGCGAAUCGGAGGCGGUGAGCGGAGCGGGCCACCAUAGUCCACAGUCCACCUCCUCCGCCCUAGCCACCGCCACCGCCUCCAUUCUCCACGAGAAGCUGGCCCAGAUCAAGGCCGAGCAGUUGGAGGGGAACCAGGCGGAGCAGUUAUAGGAGCAGCCGAUGGCCACGAAUCCAGCGUUCGCCUGGCCACCGCUGGCCGCCCACUACUACAGCUUCUAGAGAUGCGGGAAGGCUGGGAUGCGGGGUAACCACCAAAUUAAGCCACGUUUUUUGAUAGUACCCUACAAAACACUAAAUAGAAAUAUAUCUACAUGUAUAUCUAGUUCUAUGCCAGCGAUGUGGUAAAUGUGCGCUAGCCCUUAGUUAAAUGUGUAAUCAACUGCAUAGGAGAAGGAAACAAACAACAACAUGAAAACAGAACCGAACAGCAAGCAAGCAAACAAACAUACAUUUAUGCCCCGGAGUGUACAAUGUAUAUUUUUGUUUCGUUUUGACAAUCGACAAAUAGGCAUUCUCUUGUACAAACUUUCUUAAAAGCAAAAAAAAAACAAAACAAAUCUAAAACCUUAAGACCAAAAACAAAAAAAGAAGAGGAAUACUGAGCAAAACCAAGAACCAUUUUCAUUUUGCAUUUUGUUUCGAACCGCAUUUUUGUGUUGAGUGUAUCUUUUUUAUUGAACAGAACCAGCAGUCCAAUGGGAAAAUACAUAAGUAAAGCAGAAAUAUAUAGCCAACAGCAAAUCAGCAAAGCAGUUACAAGCCAACAACUUAAUCGACGUCUGUCUGGAUAGGUUUUUGGCCCCUGAGCUGGGACUUUCACACAUUCCAUAAGAUACUCUCAUACUCUUAUGUUCCACAUAUAUUUUUCUCCAGUUUACACAGUUCUUUAUACAAAUUUCAAAUGCCAGUCAAAUCUUCAGCUCACAUGGGGCCAAAAUCCCAGGCAGGCGUCUUCGACAUAGACAAAAUGAGUAUAGCCAACAGCAACAACAACUACAAUAACUACAAACUACAACAAAGACCAUAACAACUACAACAAGCAACAACAUCAAUAUCCGAUCAAUAACAACCAACAAACAAGCAAUAAUAAUACAAGACUCUACAAUACAAAGAAUAAACAGACACCAAAACAUUGAAAUAGCAAAAUUCAAAAGUGAAAACCGAAAAACUAAAAACAAAAACCAAAACAAAAUUAUCCACAAAAAUUCAACAUUUUUUAUGAUUUCAAAAGAUGAAAAUACAAACGGAAAUCAAUAAACAAAGCUGCCUUCACAUUUACAAAUUAAAUAAAUUAGUAAGCAAAGCGAGACAGAGCACACAAAAUAAUAAAUCAAAUUAAACGCAAAACGCAGAGUAAAAAAUAAGAUAAAAAUUCAAAAAUAAGAGCCCCAAAAAAUAAUCUUUUAUUUAGCAAAUACAAAAAUUUAACAAAAACACCAAAUUGAAUAACCCAAAACAUUUUCCAAUCACAUACAUAUUUAUUUUUCUUUAAACCAAUGCCACACAUAUUGAACUAAAUUAAGCAAAAUUAAAAUGUUUCGGUGUUUAAAAAAUAUAAAGAAAAUUAAAAAAAAAUUAUCUGUGUUUAGGCUUUAAAAAAUGGAAAUUUAUAUCGAAAAUUUCAAGAUUUUGGCUUAAAAGUAUAAAAAUAAUUGUGAGAACACACAUUUCAUGUACAGUCGCCUAACCACCAAAAGUAAAAAGCAUAAAUAUAUAAAGACUUUAUAUUACUAUAUACUAUAUGAUAUAUAUUUGUAUAUUUAUGUAUGUGUGUGUCUUCAUCACUACGCGUAUACCUCAAACCAAACACAUGAUCAUUUUGUGCAACUAAAUAUAUUUAAAUGUACUUAUACACUCUACACACUCUUUUACAGGAGAGCAAAACAUAUUUACACAGUUAAACCCCCCUAAACUUUGGCCCUCCUUUCGACGUAUCUAUAUUUCGUUUGACUUUGAAAUUCUAUCUAUGGGUAAACAACUAACUAAAUGUCUGCGUAAAUGAAAAUAGAUGAAAAAAUAUAUAAAUGUACCUAAAAACAUAUUUUGUGUGCUAGCUAGUAAGUGUCAAAAGAAAAACCAUACAAAAACGAUAUACAAUAUAUUUAAAAGGAGACAAGAUGUGGAAAAAUUGUCGGUAAUAUUUGAAAAUAUUUAGUGAAUUAUAAUACAAGAAAAAAUUAAGGAUAUGGCAAGGAAAAUUGUGGAAAUUUGUAAGCGAAAAUGCGUUUAAGAAUUACCAUUGAAAUCAUUUAAAAGCAUUUAAAAUAAUUAUAAUUUCCACGAUGCGAAUGGAUAAAAAAAGUAUUUAUUGGCUAAUCUCCCAAAUUACAUUUGAUGUGCAUAAAUGUUGUGGUUUAGUAUCAAAAAGAAACGGAAAACAAAAUUAAAAGUUAAGGCUUAAAAAUGUAAAAUCAAAAUUAACUAAAUUAUGCAUUUGGUAUAAUAGAGAAGGGUUCUGCAAACCAAGAGGAAUUAAAAAAUGUUUAUUAUAUGAAAAAUGAAGAGGAAAAGUGAAAAGUAAGCGAAAGUAGGUAAAGAAUGAAUGGAAAUAAAUCAAAAAGUAUUUAUUGCUAAUUUAAUUAUAUUUGAAGUAUACAUACAUAUUUAUUAUAUACAUACAUAUAUAUUAGACACACUAUCUGUGAUUAAUAAUCCAAAAUUUUGAAGAGCAUUUUCUGAAAUAAUGUUGGCUAGGCAUAUGCAAAAAGACAAAACCAAUGGAUAAAGAAAACACACACCCAUGUAAACAAAUUGUAGACAGAUCGGAUAAAACCAAACUAAACAAAACCAAGCACAAGCUAAAGGUCAAAUGCAGUUGACCCCAGAAAUCGACAGCUGCAUUUGGCCAAAAGGAUUUCUUAAGCUACGGCACACAUCACUAAAAACAGCAACUGAAUACUGAAAAUAAAAAUAAAAAAAGAAAACAGCAGAAGAUGGUACUGUUCAGAACAUAUAUAGUUGUAUAUAUUUUGGAAUAAUGUUUACCAGUUCAAGUCAAAAUUAAAAAAGAAAACAUAAUGCAAAGUCUUUUAUAAUGCAAAAUUAUACAAAAGAAAAUUAUAAAUAAAAUUCAGCAACAUUUAAAAAUUAAAAUAAAAAAAUAUUGAUGUAAAAAGAAAGAAAAUCAAACUUAAAAUAAUAAACAAGAUAAAGUGCAAUUAUACGGUUUAAAUAAGCAAAUUUAAGAAACAAAUGUUAUAAAAAAAAAACAUGUUAAAACAAUGAAAACAUAUUUCGAAGCAAGUUUAGCUACAAAUUCCAAGGCAACUGAUAAUGACAAGAAACAUUUACAAGAUAAACCAAGAAAACAUUCACACAAACAGACAGCAAAGUCCCCAUGGUACAGUGCGUUUCAUGACCAAAAGACAUAAAGCUUGAUUUGUUAGCUUUGAUUAAAACGAAACUCUAUGGUUAACGGGAACUGAAACGCAUUGCUCCUAUGGACAUAUAGCCCUACCAAUAUCUGGAAACAGAAUCCAGGGCCAGGGAUAAAACCUUAACGAAAGAUCAUACAUAACUGCAGAAACCAAGUCGAGAGUCGAAAUGUCAACCUAGUGGUAGGUCUAAACACAAAAACAAAACAAAACAAACCAAUCGAGUGUAUUUGAGUAACAGCUUGAGAAUGUUGAAUUGUAUAGAAUUUUUGCAUGUUCACCUGGUCGAAAGGGGCGUGGUUACGCCCCAUUCUUAACCCUAGGUGGACAGGCGAAAACGCUCAGGUACGUGUUUUAUUUUUCGGAGAGAAACAAGAUUGAUUACCCAUACAUUACUUAUUCUUUGUUUUACUACAACAUAAUAGUUAAUAUUUGUAUAAAAACGAUAAAAAAAGUGAAAGGAAAAGAAAAGCUUAAAAUUGAUAUAUUCAUAAUAUAAUUGUUUAAAAUGGUUUGAGAGCGAGGAAGAAGAAGAUGAGAGAGUUUCUAGCGUGCUUAAUGAAAUUGCUCAUAUUUGUGUAUAAAAUCUAAUUUGUUCAAUGCGAAUCAAAAUUUGCUGAAUAUAAGUGCAUAUAUAUAAUUAGAGUUUAUUUUCGAGUUUAGUUUAGCGCAUAAUAUGAUUACGAUUACAAUUAUUAUUAUUAAUUAUGAUCUAACCGUAGGCAAAUCAAAAUUUCUUCACAUAAAACAAUCAACUUCUAUUUUCAAAUAUUAUAUAUAGAAUUAACUAUAAUUAUUAUUCAUUAUUAUAUCGACUAAAAAUAUUUAGCGCGUUGUUAGCCUCGAUUUAUGGUUUGUACAUAUUAGACAACAUUUUAAUGGUAUUCUCCUCUUUUUUUAUUACUUAUUACUAGAAUUAUUACUCCCUAUUUUUAUUGACUUCUUAAAUGGGCAACAUCAUUUGAACUAUAGUGCAAUUGUUUCAAACAAAACCAAGCAACCAACAACAAAUAUAUUAACAUUAAAGAUUAAUAUAAUUUACAAGCUUUCUUUGCCGAUGCCAAGAAGGAUGAAUACAGCAUAUGUUUGCCGUAUGGAUCGAAAAUCAAAAAUCAUUUUAAGUGCACAUAACUCUUCUAAAUAGCAGUUAGACUACGCCUAGGUUUUCCAUUAUUAUGCGCACGCUUCAGUCCAAAAAUUGAAAUUCUUCACAUUCUCAUUGUUCAGAACGAGACAUCACAAGCCAGAAAAAUACAAGAACUCAAAACUUUUCUCCUAAGUUCAACUUGAGCGACCGCAACAACUUAAGAUCAGCAAAGAUCACAAGCGAAAAAUGCUAAGAAACAAUAGCCCAGCCGUGAUAACAACCACAAAAUAGCCCAGCACAGACAACAACAACAACAACAACCAACAACAAUAGCCCGAAAAUAAUUGAAACAAAAAUUGAAUAAAAAACAAAUGAAAAAAAAAAACAGUAAUUAAUUAACAAAAUUAAUUAAAAUACAAA